AUUUAAGCGUUUAGAUCGCACAGUCACCAGUGAAUAAUAGACCAUAGUUGUAUAGUUAUUAUUAUAAUAAAAGUUAAAAAAAAAAAAUUAGCAAAUAAAAAAACAUUAUAAUUAUGCCGAGUAAACGUUAUAAAUCUUCAGUACCUACUGAAGAGCUAAAUAAAAAUAUAAAUGAGUUUAAAAAAAAAAUUCAACUUUCUGAGGGUCAAAAAAAAGCGCAAUAUGAAGAAUGUGAAGAAGAAAGGAAGAAAAACAACGAAAAGAUUCAAGUAUUAAAAAACGAUAUCAGAGAAUUGUAUCGAAUAAAAAGACAAGAAUCGACGUGCGUAGACGCGUUACCAGAUACGAAAAAGGAUGAAAAAAUCGCGGUUUUAAAGAGGAAAAAAUAUCGCGAAGCGUUAGAUAUUUUGGAUAUGAAACUGAUCGACACGAAGAAAAAAACAGAUCUAAUUAGACAUGAUAUCAAACAGAAAAGGAUCAAGUUGAACGACUUGUUCAGCAAAUGGAGUGACAUGCGAUCAAUGAUCACAUCUACUCUAGACAAGGAUUUGAAUACGGCAAAAACGCUUUCGGUGCUUGAAAAUCGAUCGCAUCAAAUAGAGAUGAGCCGAAUGGAAGCAUCGCAUGUGACGCGCAAAUAUAGAUCAAUCAGGAAUCGGCUGUUGGAAGAUUCGGUAGUAUUCGAGUCUACGCUGAAUAAAUUAGAAAAAACAAUUAAGAUACAGCAAUGUGAAAUCCAACGGCUAGAAAAAAUCAACGAAGAAGCAAUUAAGUCGAGAGACAAAACUCGAUUAGUUUUACAGAAAAAAAAAACGAAUGCGGCUAAUAUAGCCAAAUUUCGUAUAAGACAAGUAGAACAAAUCAGAGCUCAAGUGGAAGAAAGAAAAACGGAACUGGAAAAAUUGGAACGAAAAAUAUUUCCUCCGGGACAGCGACCUAUACAUCAAGAUUCGAUUCCGAGUUCUUCGGAAGAACAGCGAUUGGGAGAUAACGGAUCAUCGGACAGUCAAGAAAUUUCUGACACACCAUACUUCAAACUAAAACAAGUCACUGGCUCCAUUGACAGUGAAGACGUACGAAAAAAGUUUGUAUCGCAGAAAGAGACUAAAGAUAGACUUACUACUUUAAAAACCACUACAGAAACACAAAAAAAAGAACUACAACUCAAAUGCCAACAGCUUAAUGAAGAAUUUGAACAAUGUCGGUUUUCUGACGCUCAAGACAAAGAACAAAACGACGAAGAAAUUGAAACUCUCAAACAAAAAAUAAUCGAGGAUACGGAAAAACUUACACGUUUACAAAAAGAUAGGACUGAAUUGUCCGGUCAGAUUAACUUGACCUUAUCCAGACUAUAUGAUUUGUGCAUUAAAUUAAAAGAAGCGGAUAACGCUCCGGUGCCGGACAAAUGUCCAAGUAUCGAAAAAGCUGACUGGUUGAUAUGCCUUUUACAAACCAAAUACGAAAAAGUGAUUAGAAAUGCCGGAGUAGUUGAUAAAAACCAACGUAAUUCAAAUGAAAAGGAUGUGGCGACGCUGUGGUCAUUGGAAGACAGUGUUGUGGAAUCGGCGAAUAAGGACGAAGAAGAAAAACCCGUUCCAAAUAGAUAUUUGAUCAAAAAACAAGCGCAAAUAAUGGUCGACUCUAAAAGUAAGAAAAAAGGGAUGAAAUCACCAAGAGGUGCAACACAAAGAGUUUGAUCGACGACCAAUGUUAGACAAAUUAAUAACUUAGAUUAUUCUCGUACAGUCGAAUAUAUUUUAGAUUCUUAGAAAAAUAUAUUUCGGUACCUAUGGUUUUUUUUUACGUAUAACAUAACAUUUUAUAAAAAAAUAAUAAAUAGACGCAAGAGUUUUAUAUU